AGGACUAAGGUGUCCCGUUGGCACUGACAUGUGAUACCCUGGGUCUUGCUGUCCAUUUGACUAGGCAGAUACGCAUAUCAGAAUCUAUGGUGUCAGGAGCGUUGAGCUGUGAGCGGAGUAGCCCCCUCCGUGGUCGUCUGGGCUCAACAGGAAGGACCACAACUACUUCCAAGUCAACCUCCGAGGUCAUGUGGACCACACGCCUGCUCUUCCUCAGCACACUGUUCUCCUUGCUCACCCUGGCACUGGGCCGCGCCCCCAUCCCCAUGGCGGUGGUGAGGAGGGAGCUGUCGUGCGAGUCAUACCCCAUCGAGCUGCGCUGCCCGGGCACCGACGUCAUCAUGAUCGAGAGCGCAAACUACGGCCGCACGGACGACAAGAUCUGCGACUCUGACCCCGCCCAGAUGGAGAACACCCGCUGUUACCUGCCCGAUGCCUACAAGAUUAUGUCCCUCAGGUGUAACAACCGGACCCAGUGUGCCGUGGUGGCAGGGCCCGAUGUUUUCCCAGACCCCUGUCCUGGCACAUACAAGUACCUGGAGGUCCAGUACGAGUGUGUCCCUUACAAAGUAGAACAGAAAGUGUUCCUGUGCCCAGGUAUUCUCCGAGGGGUCUACCAGAGCGAGCACCUCUUUGAGUCAGACCAUCAGUCUGGCGCGUGGUGCAAAGACCCACUCCAGGCCUCCGACAAGAUCUACUACAUGCCCUGGACGCCGUACCGCACAGACACGCUCACAGAGUACUCCUCCAAGGAGGACUUUGUGGCCGGGCGGCCAACCACCACCUACAAGCUCCCUCACCGCGUGGACGGCACGGGCUUUGUGGUGUACGACGGCGCCCUGUUCUUCAACAAGGAGCGCACGCGCAACAUCGUCAAGUUCGACCUGCGCACGCGCAUCAAGAGCGGCGAGGCCAUCAUCGCCAACGCCAACUACCACGACACGUCGCCGUACCGCUGGGGCGGCAAGUCGGACAUCGACCUGGCGGUGGACGAGAACGGCCUGUGGGUGGUGUACGCCACGGAGCAGAACAACGGGCGCAUGGUGGUGAGCCAGCUCAACCCGUACACGCUGCGCGUGGAGGGCUCGUGGGACACCACCUACGACAAGCGCACGGCGUCCAACGCCUUCAUGAUCUGCGGCGUGCUGUACGUGGUGAAGACGGUGUACGAGGACGACGACAACGAGGGCACGGGGAACAAGAUUGACUACAUGUACAAUACCGACAAGAGCAAGGAGACCGUGGUCAGCAUCCCCUUCCCCAACUCCUACCAGUACAUCGCCGCCGUGGAUUAUAAUCCCCGGGACAACCUGCUGUACGUCUGGAAUAACUACCACGUGGUCAAGUACACGCUGGACUUUGGCAACAACGACAACAGACUGGACUUCCCUCCACCUGUGGUUCAACCCAACCGAGGGGGAGGGGGCGGAGGAGGAGCCUCCUCCAGCCUCACCACUACCACGCGUUCCCCCCCCUACUACACCACCCCCCGCCCCCUCCUCACCACCUCACCCGGCCAGAGGGCGAGGACCACCACCACCAUCCGACAGCCUCGCCUCCGCCCCGGUGACACCAACCAGAUCCCAGAGAUCGUGGCCCCCCCGAAGGGCGGAGCGCCAGCGGCCCCUGCCAUGCCUGUGAACCCCCAGCCCCCCCAGAUGGCCCCCCAAGACUUCUGCACCCCCAGGGUCAUGGCUGACGUCUCCUGGCCUCGCACGCAGCAGGGCCAGACGGCCAAGCAGCCCUGUCCUGUAGGCACGCUGGGCGUGGCCACAUACGUGUGCGUGGCCCAGCUUGGCUACUGGGACCCCCAGGGUCCUGACCUCAGCAACUGCACGUCGCCGUGGGUCAACCACAUCAUGCAGAAACUGCGUUCGGGUGAGACGGCGGCCAUCGUGGCGAGGGAGCUGGCGGAGCAGACCAAGGGUCUGCUGCGUCCGGGCGACGUUCCCUCCACCGUGCGGGCCAUGGCCCAGCUGGUGGAGCUGCUGGACGUCCAGCUGAGGAACCUGACCCCCGGGGGCAAAGACAGCGCGGCCCGCAGCCUCACCAAGCUGCAGAAGAGAGAGAGGUCUUGCAGGUUUUUUGUGCAGGCCAUGGUGGAGACGGUGAACAACCUGCUGCAGCCACGUGCCCAGGCGGCGUGGAGGGAACUGGCCACCAGCGAACAGCUGCGUUCGGCCACCAUGCUGCUGGACACAGUGGAGGCCGGGGCCUUCAUGCUCGCCGACAACCUCCUCAAGACCGACACCGUCCACGAGGCCACCGACAACAUCCAGUUGGAAGUGGCCAGACUGAGCACUGAUGGCGACCUAGAAGACCUGACCUUCCCGCAGUCAGAGCUCCAUGGGAACUCCAUCCAGCUGUCAUCCAGCACCCUCAAGCAGCACGGCAGGAACGGUGAGAUCCGGAUGGCGUUCGUCCUGUACAGGAACCUGGGCUCCUACCUCUCCACGGAGAACGCCAGCGUGCGUCUGGGCGGCGAGGCCGUCUACCCCAACUACUCUGUCAUCGUCAACUCCCCGGUCAUCACCGCCUCCAUCAACAAGGAGAGCAGCAAGGUCUACCUGUCUGAGCCCGUGGUCUUCACUGUCAAACACCUGCAGCACUCAGAGGAGAACUUCAACCCCAACUGCUCGUUCUGGAGCUACUCCAAGCGCUCCAUGACAGGCUUCUGGUCCACCCAGGACUGUCGUCUGCUAGGCACCAACCGAACGCACACCACCUGCUCCUGCACCCACCUCACCAGCUUCGCCGUGCUCAUGGCGCAUGUGGAGGUCAAGGUAUGCCCUGGAAAGGCGGACUCCAUGCACGACCUGCUGCUGGACGUGAUCACCUGGGUGGGCAUCCUGCUGUCCCUGGUCUGCCUGCUCAUCUGCAUCUUCACCUUCUGCUUCUUCCGGGCCUCCAGAGCGACAGGAACACCAUCCACAAGAAACCUCUGCAUCAGCCUCUUCUUCAUUGCCGAGUCCCUCUUCCUGGUGGGCAUCAGCGCCGACCAGCCGAUCGCAUGCGCCGUCUUUGCCGCCCUGCUCCACUUCUUCUUCCUGGCGGCGUACUGGAUGUUCCUGGAGGGCGUGCAGCUCUACAUCAUGCUGGUGGAGGUGUUCGAGAGCGAGCACUCGCGCACCAAGUACUUCUACCUGGCGGGCUACGGCGUGCCCGCCAUCAUCGUGGCCGUCUCGGCCGCUGUGGACUACCGCAGCUACGGGACGGACCGAGUGUGCUGGCUGCGCUUGGACACGUACUUCAUCUGGAGCUUCAUUGGCCCUGCCACUCUGAUUAUUAUGCUGAACGUGAUCUUUCUUGGCAUCGCCCUCUAUAAGAUGUUUCACCACACGGCCAUCCUCAAACCAGACUCUGGCUGUCUGGACAACAUCAAGUCCUGGGUGAUUGGAGCCAUCGCUCUGCUGUGUCUGCUGGGCCUGACCUGGGCCUUCGGCCUCAUGUACAUCAACGAGAGCACCGUCAUCAUGGCCUACCUCUUCACCAUCUUCAACUCUCUGCAGGGCAUGUUCAUCUUCAUCUUCCACUGCAUCCUGCAGAAGAAGGUGCGCAAGGAGUAUGGCAAGUGCCUGCGCACGCACUGCUGCAGCGGGAAGAGCGUGGAGACGUCCAUGUCAUCGUCCAGCAAGGCCACCACAUCCCGCGUCCCCGGGCGCUACUCCACGGGCUCCCAGGUGAGCUUGCCAGCGUGCGCCGCCGGACGCUACUCGACCGCCGACUCCCAGAGUCGUAUAAGGAGGAUGUGGAAUGACACCGUCAGGAAGCAGGAGUCCUCCUUCAUCACUGGCGGUGACAUCACCAGCUCUGCCACGCUCAACCGAGGGGCCAUGGCUAAUCAUCUUAUAACUAAUGCUCUCCUUCGUCCCCAUGGCUCUAACAAUCCCUAUAACACUCUGCUGGGCGACUCUGCAGUCUAUAACAACCCUGCCGUGGGCAUGUACAGCACGCAAGCCUCCUAUAGAGACACAAAGGGAAUGCUGAACAACGCCAGGGACUCCAGCGUUAUGGAUACGCUCCCGCUCAACGGUAACCACGGCAACAACUACAGCAUGGCGAGCAGCGAGUACCUGAGCGACUGCGUCCAGAUCCUGGACCGCGGAGGCUACGGUACCCAUGGCAACCACAAGGAAACCACUCUGGAGAAGAAGAUCCUCAAGGAGCUGACGUCCAACUACGUCCCGUCCUACAUGAACAACCACGAGCGCUCCACCACUGAACGCAACCACAACCUGAUGAACAAGCUGGUCAACAACAAUGUGGGCAACGGCGUGGGCAACAGCGGCGCCGGCGCCGGCGGGGUCAGCGUCGGGGUGGGUGGGGUCCAAGACGACAGCCCCAUGGUGCUGGACAACCCGGCGGCGUUCCCCCACGAGGAGAACCUGGUCCUUGACAUCAUCCGGGAGGAGUCCAACGCCCCCCUCCUGCCCCCCAGGCCCCCGCCCCCCGACAGCCACGGCCCCCACAGCUUCUCCCGCCCCCGCCGCAUCCCCCAGGAGACCAGCGAGAGCUUCUUCCCCCUGCUGACCAACGAGCACACGGAGAACCACUCGCCUAAUCACAGGGACUCCCUCUACACCAGCAUGCCGGUGUUAACGGACCCCCCGGACGGCCAAUGCCAGGUGAAUGGCCUAGCGGACGCCGACGGCGAGGGCUCCGCGGAGUUGCAGCCGUGCAAGAGUGCCACGGCGCCCGAGCUGGACGACGUCUACUACAAGAGCAUGCCCAACCUCGGCUCACGCAACCACCUCCACGAGCUCCACAGCUACUACCAGAUGGGCCGGGGGGGCAGCGACGGGUACAUGGUGCCCCCCAACAAGGAGGAUUCCGAUUCGUCGCCCGAGGAGCCCCCCUUGGACCCCUCCCACUUGGUCACCAGCCUAUAGACCAAUCAGAAGACCCCCAACUGGCGGCCACCCCCACCCUCAUACUCAACUUCCCCAUAUAGUGGUCCUUCAUUGUUGACUGACAGUUUGGGAUGACCUAAAAUGACUAAUACACCAGAUAGUCCCUAGGAAUGAUGACCUUGUGAAGGAUUGUGAAGGAUCUUUUGGAACAAGGGAAUGAAGGGAAGCUUUUCCAGGGUUAGGUAGGAGAUUUUUGUAGACUGGAAGUGCUCUUGUGUGAACGGCAUCGUUGGCCCUCAGAAACGCAAGGACCAAGGGGCUCUAAAUGGAGUUCAGAUGUCUUUACUGUUAAGACAUUGUUCAGUAGAACAAAAAGUUGAGCUUUGUAGUUUUCUGUUCUACAGAAUGUGCCAUGAUAAUAUAGGCAUUAACUACACAGUGCCUUGGCCCUUGCCUUUUUGAUAUGCUGAAAUAUCAUAGGACAGACUGGAGCGGCUUCCGGUCAGAUAGAUGUGAUUGGACAAGACUAGACUAAAUGGUCCAAGGAGCAUAUUUGUGAAUAUCAUUGGGAAAUGGAACUAUAUAUAUAUAUAUAUAUAGAUAUAUAUGUGUCGCUUAACAGGGAAGGAAUCAGGUAAGGAUGGAAAGAGAAGGCCUCUGUCAUUGUACUCCUCUUGCUGCCGAGCCCUUGAACUGUGGACUAUGAUCCUGAAAGCCCUAGUAUGGAAUUCAAGCAGAUCGUAGCUUAGUACCCACUAUCAGAACACAGACCCAAACCAAACCUGUGGACUAUGGAGUUCUGUGUGCCUCACCGUGAAAGACUUCAACAUGGAUGUGUCCUUCCUUUCCAGAGGGUCAAACAGGAGGCAAACAGGAGGUAGUGUUCCUCAUGUACCCGAGACUUCCUUAAAUGAACCGGCCAAUCCUACUACCUGCCAAUCAAGUGGGGUAUAUGUAUCAUAAAUUCUCACCCACACACACUCUUCUAAAAUGUGGAUUAUUAGAUGAGCGUAUUCCCUCUCUUUGUGUCUGCUGAGGAGAACUGUAAAUACAGCUACAUCACCCGGGCUUCAGUAACAUCCCCAAGAGGUGAACUGACUUCUCCCUCUGUUCCAUUGAGACAAAGCCAAGGACUGUGGAUCGAAAAGAAACAUUUGGAUUAUUAGAAUUUUUUGGUUAUUUUAUCUUCUGUAACAAAGGUCUGUUAUUUGAGGAUCAUAAAGUAAUCACACAAUUUCUAUGUAUUGUACAGAUUACAGAUACGAGCAUAUGACUGACUAUGUGUUUAAUUAUUUGUUUUUUGUUUUUAUGGAACUGUACUGGUAAAGAUAAUAUGGAUUAGUUCAGUUCACUGGGAUACCCUUAACUAGUCUGCUGGUGCACCAGUUUAAAACAACCAGUCUUUUUAGACUUACAGCAAAAACAGAGCAACAUUGCACACAGACACACAAACACACGUCAUUCUGGUUGUUAUAGGAUGUUGUUAUAGCAACAUUACUAUCACCUAUAUUUUGAAAACCAAUUGUAACUAUAUAUAUUUUUUUUACCACUUUGUAGAUUUCAACCAGGUUAAAUGAUACUACUGUUUGGCAAAGUAAUGGCUAGGAUUCUGCUUUUGGAUGUCAAAAUAGAAGGGUACAUUUUUUCCGUUAAGGAAGUGGAGGCCCGAUUGGAGGUUGAACAUAAUACAUCCUGUCAUGUGACACAUGUCUGUUGGCGGAAGAGAGGAAGUCAAUUGAACAAUGAGAAGCUGUUAAGCAUUUUUCUUACAUUUGGCAGCAUAACCUUCCAUUGUCAGCUAUCUUUCUGAAGAGGGAUUAUAAUCUGCAGGAUCAUAAAGGUCCUGCUCCUAACCUGCUGGUACAGAGCACAGAUGCAGAGAAACACAAUCCAACAAUACUUCCACCUUUAAAGAGUUUGAAAAAGGAAAUAUCCAAAUAUUCUCGCCCCCACUCACACAUGGACAAUGCCACAGUAACACCAGUGUGGAUGUAGAUACGAUUAAACUCAACCCAGACCAAUGUGAGAAGCCAAUGUUUACUUCUUUCAGGGGAAGAUAUCCUUGAGAGACUGAUGUGUAUUCAACCACGUCCCCCCCCCCCCCCCCCGUCACCCAGAGAGAAAUCAUUUAUUUAUCUGUUUUUCUGGGGGGUUAGAGAGAGAAACCAACAAAAAUAGAGAAAGACUUGGUAGAAAGUAAUAUAGAGAGAGAUGAUGAAAGCGCACUGACAGGUAAUACUUUUUUAUUAAUUAUUAUGAUCAUGAUUAUGAUUACUAUUAUUACUACAAUUAUUCAGAAUUAUUAUUUAUUCUUUUUGUAUGGGUUCCAAGUUGAAUGAUCUCAUAACUAAUAUUUGUUGUAACAGUGAAAGUUGUUUGCCAACAAAUAAAUGACUGACAUAGCC